CAACAAGGUUCAGUGAAACUAAAAGAGAUAUGCGUUGCUAAAUUCUAUUUCGGAUGGUUGGACAACACGUUUGAUAAUCAAACAGUUGAAGAGUUUCUUUAAAAUGACGAUGGAAUCAGCACACAGGUCCUACGUAGUUACAGUUUCUACUUUAAAGAACAACGAAUCCCCUCAAAUAAGCCUGAAGUCUCACGUAAAUUACAACGGAUACUUCAACAAUGGUUUCUGUACCGACAAAGAUUCUCUUAAAAUAUCUAAAAAAGAAAAUGGACAAAUCACAAACGAGAAAAGCCUGCAUGACAAGAAAUGUGAGGAAACUCAUGUGUAUAAGAGAAGAUGGUACAUCUUGUUUGUAUAUUGCCUGCUGACCUUGACCCAGGCAAUGCUCUGGAAUACGUGGGGACCAAUAGCUGAUUCCAGUCAUGAGGCGUUCGGAUGGGAUGAUGGAGAUACUGCACUCCUUACGGACUUCGGACCUAUAGCAUUUCUAUUGGUUGUGUUUUUAUUCUCGUGGAUCGUCGAUGAAAAAGGGUUGCGAUGGGCAUGUGUGCUGACCGCAUUCGUCAUGAUGCUUGGAGCUGGGUUAAGAUGUAUAACGGACCAGCCACCGUAUGUGAAGGUAACGGCAGGUAUAGGCCAGUUUCUGAACGGCAUCGGUACACCAGUCAGCAUGGGAGUGCCGCCUGUUUUGUCUGCCGCGUGGUUUCCAGCAAAUCAGAGGACGAUUUCAACAGCCAUAGCAACGGUUGCCAACCUAGCGGGAGUUGGUUUAUCUUUUGUAAUAGGUCCAUUCAUGGUACCAGACGAAAAAAAUUCAACAGGUUAUACAGGACAUUACACCUUCAACACGACAACAGAAGCCAACUUAGGAAACGCAUCUAGUUUUCCUGAUGAAACAGUUCUGAAAAAGCGAAAUCAAAUAAUGAACCUUUUAUAUAUAGAGUGCGGUUGGGCUGUUGCUAUUUUCCUACUUUUACUUGUUUAUUUUCCCGCCAAACCAACUAUACCUCCGAGUAUAUCGGCAUCCACUGAGAGAUUAAACUUCAAGCAAGGUUGCAAAAAACUGUUAAGGAACGGUGUGUUCUGGGUAAUCGCCUGUUCUUACGGCCUGUCUGUUGGUAUACUGGGAGCGUGGCCGGGUGUGUUGGAGAUGGUCCUCAAACCUCACGGCAUUUCAGAGAACGAGGCCGGUCUGAUUGGCUUGUAUUCGGUAGUGUGUGGAAUAUUCUUGUCUCUUGUCGCGGCAAAAUGUUCGGACGUGUUCUCAAAGAGUAAGAAGCUGAUUCUACUUGGUCUGUACGUGACAAGUGGAGCGUUUGCUCUGUGGAUGAACCUUCUUCUCUCCCGAUUGUUACCAGACUCUUUCGUUUCUAUGCACAUAGCCACCGUGGUAGGCGGCGCCACGCUGACUGCAACCACACCAGUGUACUUUGAGAUGGCCUGCGAAACAACAUAUCCUGUGGCAGAGGGCAUUACCAACUUUGUCCUCGCUCUAGUCAACAACCUCGUGAGCGUGGCAUUCUUGGCCAUCCAGACAAUCCCUCACAUCGGUACAUCGUGGGAAGGCUGGUGUCUCUUCGGUACGAUCGUCUUGUGUAUACCGGGUUUAAUAUUUCUUAAAGAGCGAACUAAUCGGCUAAACGUUGACGAAAGAAAAAAAUAAACAAUCAAUAUUCCACUUAAUGUUACAAGUGAUGAAGACAGCCUUCCAAUACAUAACAAUGGCCGCGGAUCACCUGUGGAUGUCCACAUACUAUUUAUCAAACACUUAUCCAUACGAUUAUACCAGUAUUCUGUGGAUGUGAUAACAGACAAGCAGACAUUAUUGUUACUAGUGUUUCUAAUAAAACUACCAGCGUCCAUCGACACAGUUAGUGCAAGUUUACUCAUUUGUGCUGGUGCUGAUCAUUUACCGAAACGUCUAACGGCAAUGGGUUUUUUUUCUGAUUGCAAAUCGUUGGUACAUGAGCUCUUCAAUGAGUCAAGUCGUCAUUAGUCAUGUUCCUCAUUGCUUCAUGAUAUAUGGUUAAUUAUCACUUUUGACUAUUGACGGUGUUGCACAAAAUCAGAAACCCGGAAAAAUUACUCCCGGAAUAAACCG